GAAGAUGAAGUGACGGCAUCUGGGCCCUGACAGCUUCGCAGCUUGGAUGUUUCCAUCGGACGAAACAGGACAGCAAAGAUGUCGGUGAAGCUGCGAUUUGACUCCCCCUCAGAUGGAAGUUUGCUCCACAGGAGCCGAUCAUUCACCGGGUUCAGCUCUCUGACGGGUCGGCGACGGCCGCCCUCUGCUCGAAACUCUCUUCGCUCCAAAGCCUCCAGUGCGGGUAAAUCUCCCAGGAUGCACCUGUCCCCCCGCCGAGGGUCCGGCGCCAUCUGGUCCAUGCAGCCGGAUCAGGUCGACAGGGUUUUCCAGGCGCUGCGCAAAGGACUCAAGGAAUAUCUGGAGGGUCACCAGGCAGAGAUGGACUUUCUGUCCUCACAGCAGAGAGAAACCAAGAGAAACUCCAGACUGGCUUUUCUUUAUGAUCUGGAGAAGGAGAUCAGAGCGUUGGAGCGAUACAUACGACGAUUAGAAUUUCAAAUCAGCAAGGUGGAGGAGCUGUACGAGACCUACUGCAUCCAGUGGCGGCUGUGUCAGGGAGCCGUCAACAUGAAAAGAGCCUUUUCUCUGUCGCCGUCCACCAGAGCGUCCAGAGAAAGUCUGCUGGAGCUCGGACGCAACCACCGACACAGUCUGCAG